CUCGCUCUCUCGCUCCCGCUCUCACUCGCUCUCAUCUCACUACUCACUACACAUACAUGGUGACUGAUCAUCAGAUCCUUGGAAAAGCACGCUCAGUGCAGGUACCUUAAACCGCAGAUCAAGUCUCACCAUGGCCAUGUGCAAAAACUGUUUGAAUAAAGUGUGAAAUUAUCGGAUUAAUCAAGAUCUCAAAAAUCAGGUAUGUUUUGUCUCUCUUUAUUGUUCAGAUAAUAUGUGAUAUGAAUUAUCGAAAAGCCUUAUGAGCAAUUUGUGUAAAAAAAAUAAAAAAAAUAUGAGAGGUGUAGGUUUUGAUGAUACUCUCUGAUAUUCAGGAAAAGUAAAUAGCUCUAGUGAUUCAUUAUAGUUUUACUUUACAAGACAGAUGUCAGUAAAUGAAUAUACACAUUUUGAGAAAAGAUCGAAAAAAGGAUUUCUACUUGUUGAUUGAAAACAAUUCCAAUACCAAGUUAAUUACCCAGUAGUACCUGUAUCUUGUUCACAGACCAGUUCAGGAUUUCAUAGUCAUAAACUGUGACCAUACAGUCAGGAGUCCUCUUCUUAUCAGUGGGCACAUCAUCAGAUUCAGAACUCAUAGAGGUGAAUGACCACUCAGGACAUUACGACACAUUGAGAGCGCUCUGGAUGGAUCAACCAUCAACAUCCCCUGGCAUCGGGGGGCAGCUGUGUGUGUAGGUUCUCUGUGUGGGUACCCACUUUUUUGUUAGCAUAUUAGGGUAUGUUAAGCUUGUAUUUUUGUGUCUGUGAUGUAGUUUGGUGUGUGUGAUGUAUGUGUAGUGAGCUGUGUAAAUAAGGCAGGCUCAGAAAGGCAGUGUAUGUUAGUGCGGUGUUGUAUCUGUGCUGGGCUAGCUGCACUCAUGGCUCGUAAACGGAGUGGAGGCUGCUGCCCCCGGCCGCCCCUCAAUAAGGACAAUGCCCGCUUCUGCCUGCUGGCAGGGCUUAUCCUGCUCUACCUGCUGUGUGGGGCGGCUGUGUUCUCCGCCCUGGAGCGCCCCUCUGAGCUCCGUGCCCACCGCCUCUGGGACCAGCAGCUGGCCAACUUCACCCUGAGUCACCAGGUAAGCCUGGGAGCCUUGCACGCGCUGCUGCGACAGUAUGAAGAGGCCAAUGGGGCUGGGAUCAGAGUGGACGCUCUUAGGCCCCGCUGGGACUUCUCUGGAGCCUUCUACUUUGUUGGCACGGUUGUGUCCACCAUCGGCUUUGGUAUGAACACCCCAGCUACCAUCCCUGGUAAAAUAUUCCUGAUCUUCUACGGCCUCAUCGGCUGUGCCGCCACCAUCCUCUUCUUCAACCUCUUCCUGGAGAGGAUCAUCACCAUGCUAGCCUACAUCAUGCGCUGGUGCCACGAGCGGAGGAUGAGGCGCUCAGGGGUGGGGCCUGUGUCUGGGGUCGGGGAGCCCCGCAGUGAGGAGGACAGUCUGGAGGGUUGGAAGCCCUCUGUCUACUACGUGAUGCUGAUCCUGGGAGUGGCGUCUGUGCUGAUCGCCUGCAGUGCCUCCUCUCUGUACUGCUCCAUGGAGGACUGGAGCUACAUGGACUCCCUGUACUUCUGUUUUGUGGCCUUCAGCACUAUCGGCUUCGGGGACCUGGUGAGUAGCCAGAGAGAGCGUUAUGAGGCCCAGGAUGCCUAUCGCCUGGGCAACUGUCUCUUCAUCCUCAUGGGCGUGUGCUGCAUCUACUCCCUGUUCAACGUUAUCUCCAUCAUCAUCAAACAGACUCUCAACUGGAUCCUGACCCGGCUGGCUUGCCCAGGCCGGCGCUGUCCCUGCUCUUGCCCUAAGAGGGGCCUCUGCCGGCUGCUCUGCUGCCCCUGCCUCCCUAACAAACACAGUGGCUUGAGGCCUCCACCCGCACGGCUCCGCCAGCAACGGCUCAAACGCAACGCUGUGCAGCCCACCCCAUCUCACCCCCCUGUGAGGCGACACCGCUACACAGACGCCUCGGUGGAGACAGUGUGUAACAGCGAGACAGACGCUGGGAUGGGGGUGGACGGGGUCGCUGGAGGCCGGCGUCUCUCUGGGGAGAUGAUCUCGGUGAAUGACUUCACAGCGUCCAAUAAGGUGUCUCUGGCGCUGCUGCAGAAGCAGCUGUGUGAGACAGCCCACCAGGGCCCCCGUCAGAGCCACGUUCCCCGUCACAACGGCUUCUCUGGGGGGGUGGGCGCAUUUGCCAUCAUGAACAACCGCCUGCAGGAGACCAGUGUGGACAGGUAAUCACACCUGACCCCAGUCACACUAACUCACAGAAAUAAAGCACUGUUUUCUGAGGGUUAUUGUAAUAUUACCGAAUGGUAGACUGGAUGCUGGAUCCUCUUCUGUUAUUCCUAGAAAACUAGUGACGUUUCAUCCUCAGAAUUAGCAUUGUUUGUAGAUCAAAGUACAGUAGUGAAACAGAACAGUUGGAUGCUACAGCUGGACAUACAUAUUUGCCAAAUGUAAAUAUAUUCACAUAAAACUCAUUCGUUUUCAAUGUAACUCAUGUUGAGGGUAGCUAGGUUCUUAGUUCUAGACAUGAUGAUAGCCCACAGCAGACCUCUAUUCUGUCUGACAGCUUUUCAGGAUGCCAGACAUUCAUGAUGAUCACUGACAAUGGUCCCUCUAAACUGCGCACUGGCGCACAGCUCCGCUCAGACUGCAGCACAGAUUGAACUUCUCUCAACUUUCUAGAGUUUUCCCCUUCUGUUAACACUAUCAACGUUUCGCUCUGCUGUAGGAAUUGUGCUCAAAUCAACGCAAUAUUAGCCACUUUCAAUGUAACAUUUCAAAACAAAAUGAACUAUGCAAAGCUAACUGUGCAAGAGAUGUUAUUGUAGGCAGCACACAUUGGAGUAGGAUUAGGAUUCUGUUGCAUUGACAUGCAUGACAGAGGCCCCUACUCUCUGCAGGCCAGUGCGCCAUAACCAAUCAGAGCUGUAGUAGACAUAUUGGCUGCAAUGAGGGUCGUGGGUAGAUGCACUUGUUUUGAGAUCAAAGCGAGAGCUGUGUAGCCACCUGCGCACAUUUGUUCAUAUUCUUUGCUAGUUUGUGAGUUAUUAGCCGAGUUAUAGUGAAUUCCUAGUCAACCAUUUGGGAGUGGUUGCUUCCAAAAUGUGUGCAUUUCUAGCCAUCUUUGAAAAUCAAGUCAGGUAAAGAGCUUUUUUUACGUCUUAAAGGGGCAGUGUUAUAUUUUGAGACGGUCUUGAAUAAGCUAAAUAGUCAAUAGGAAGAGGGUAGCAUAAUUUGUCUGAUUCUCUGUAAUAAUGGUAUGGGAAUAACAAUGAAUUUUAUUUUGUAAAGUGGUUUCUUGCAUCA